GCACUGCUCACAAAGAAGGAAACCCUGGGAGGGAAGAACUUGGGGAACGAGAGGACACAAGAAUCUUUGAAGCUGCUUAGGUAUGCAGGCAAAAUGAAGUUGAAUCUGGUGCAGAUCUUUUUCAUGUUGCUGAUGCUGCUGCUGGGCCUGGGGUUGGGCCUGGGGCUGGGGCUUCACAUGGCUGCAGCAGUCUUGGAAGAGAGCGAUCAGCCGCUCAAUGAAUUUUGGUCCAGUGACUCACAGGAAAAAGCUGAGGCCACUGAGGCAGGAGAGGGCACCCAAACCGCAGAAACCCUGGUGCUUAGCAACAAAGAAGUGGUGCAACCUGGCUGGCCAGAAGACCCCAUCCUCAAUGAAGAUGAGGUUGGAGAAAAAGAGAUGCUCAGAGCUGAGUCUCUCUUUCAGAACAACAAAGACUAUCUUCGGGUUGACCAGACAGAUAGAGAAUGCAAUGAUAUGAUGGCACACAAGAUAAAGAAGCAUAAUCAGAGUUGCAUAACCCAGCAUGCAUUCAUCCAUGAGGACCCAGACACGGUCAAAGCUGUCUGUGACAGUCCUGUCAUUGCCUGUGGGCUCAAGGGGGGGAAAUGUCACAAAAGCUCCCGACCUUUUGAUUUGACGUUCUGCGAGUUGUCCAAACCAGAUCAGGUCACUCCUAACUGCAACUACCUAACUUCUGUUAUUAAAAAGCACAUUAUUAUAACCUGUAAUGACAAGAAGCUCCAGUCACCAAUUGGACAAUGAAGCAACUCAUCAUCGUUUUUCUCUUCCCCUUCUCUUCCUCUUUCUUUUUUACUUUCUCUUUCUCAUGUUGUUCUCCCGAUCUUAGGAAUUAUGCAGAUGAAUUCUUCUUUGCCCUGUGGGUCACCCAACUUGCAUUUUGUUCCUAGGAUUAGAGAUGGCAGAAUAGAGUGAUGAUUCCUAGUUUCUCCAAGCUCUCCGUCUCUCCUUUUCUAUCCCUUAUCCUGGGGAAAAAAAAAAAAAAAGUGAAGAGCUGCUGUAGUCCUGGCCAUCAAUUUGUUCCCUGUUCCGAGAUUGCCUCUGGAUGUGGACUGGAAGCGUUUACCCACAUUCUUUACCUGUAUCCUUUACCCACGUUCUUCCCUGCUACCCACCCUGAGCCUUUAUAGUAAUCACAGGACUCUUGGGCUUUGCAC